AUGGAUACUUUUCACGCUCAGAGCUUCACUUCGGAGAAGCUUGUCUUCUCUGAGGAGGAAGACUUAUUCAACACUCCAAAUUACUUUGAUCAAGGGUAUAAAGAGGUUAUGCCCGAUGAUAACUUGUUCCAAGAUGUGCCGAGCUUAGGUUUGGCCUUUGGAAACAAACACAAUGAUGUAGGCUCUGGAAACCAGCCUAAUACUUACUUUGACCGCAUCUGUAGCCCCUCUGAGCAUUAUGGUAAUGAGUCCUGCCAAGCUGAUUUUGGUAUGAGCGCCAAUUCGUUCCAUUUCCACUUUGAUAGACUCUCAAAUGAUGUUUUAGCCGAAAAAUCUAAGAAUAAGAUCGGCAGGACCCAAAACGGAAUCCUUUUCCAGAUCAAUGAUGAUGAAAAAUCUGAUAAAUCAGCUUAUGAUAGCACUAAUGCUAGAAAAACAACUGCUUUCACCAACAUUGAAGAGAAACAUGACAAUGGAAUAAUUCCAGAACAAGCACAUGAAUUUUCUGAUGUUCUCGCUCUCGCUAAAGAUGAAUCUUUGGACAAGCCAUCAGAACCUCAAGUCAAAUCUACUAAUUCUAGAGCUUGCGAUAUCCAAAAUUCUUCAAAGACCCCCAAGUCGACCAAAGAAGACAUUGAUCUGUCCAUCAGAAGAGAUGUGGUAAAUAAAACCGUCCUUAGAGUCAUGAGGAGAUUCUUUAUGCAGAAAUUUAAAGACGCCUACCCAAAGAAGUUCAGAAGCAAGGAAGCUAAAUCCAAAUGGUACUUUGAGUACAUCAAGAAACUGACUGCUGAACUUUUUGGAGUCGACAAUCCUGAUCUUAAAGUCCUCCAAAUCAACAUGGCUGCUAUUAUCAACCCUAAGCACAUGACUGCUGCCGAUAUAACUGAGACUGGGUUGGAGAAGGAAGAAUUUCUAACCUUCUACAAUACUAUUUACAAGUACUCGCACACGAGACUUGCCAGUUUAUUCAAAAUCACCUCCCUUAAAACAAUCUUUAAUUACUUCUACAACGGUCCAAUGGACCAGAUUAUUAAUUCAGAGACCUCAGUGAAGAAGAAUUCUACUUUAUACUUCAAAGCCUUCGAGGACUUCCAAAGAGUCUUUGAGGGAUAUACUGGGGAUUCAUCCGCAGUCCUCGAGAUCCUGUGUAUGAAUGCAUCAAACUCUACUGCUACUCUAGCCUAAAUCCUAUUGUUCCGCUACUUUACUGGAAUAAUAGCUACUUUACUUUCCUCUCACGUUACUUUACUUGACUAAUAUUCCCAAAAAUUCAACUUGUU